AUGGAUCAGGCAGACAAGAAAGAGCGGAGGGACUCUGGAUCCCACGACGUCACACCUCCGGAGAAACUCGUCCGUCAGUACAACGGAAGCGUGGAGAUUGUUAGGGCCGGAACUCUCGCCGCACUGGUGGAAAAUUUGACGCGCCACGACAAGCUCGACGGUUCCUUCAACCGAAUAUUCCUCACCACUUAUAAGCAUUUUACCUCUGGAGCAGAGCUCCUUGAACUCCUCAUCGAUCGAUUUGACUGCUCGCCUCCCAUAUCAAAUGCCACCCAGGCUAUAGAAUGGUCGACCCGGAUAAAGCCACUCAUUCGAUUACGCGUGAUAAAUGUUCUGAAGCAGUGGCUCGAACAUUUCUGGUCUGAGCCAAACGGAGUUGAUACAGAUCGGAAUUUGCGAAUACUACAAUCAUUUGCAAAGCGCGCCACGGAUGCCACUGAGACAGGCGCGACACAACAACUGCUCACGGUCAUUCAGCGCCGACUCGCCGGUUUCGAUUGCAAGAGAAGAUCACUGUCGUCCAUCUCAACCCCGCCAAAGCCAAUUCUACCACGGAAAUUAGACAAACUCCAGUUUCUCAAAAUCGAUGCCACGGAGAUCGCCCGGCAGCUGACUAUCAUGGAGGCACAUAUGUUUGGCAAAGUACAACGAGACGAAUUGUUAAACAAAAACUGGCAAAAGAAAGAGGGCUCCAGUGCACUUGAGCUAGCUCCAAACAUCAGGGCCUCGAUUCGGUAUUCCAAUCAGCUCUCUAAUUGGGUUGGCACCCUAAUACUCGCAGAAUCGGAUUUGAAAAAAAAGGACUCAGGUGGUAGGGCAUUUGGUCAAUGUGGCGAACCCAUGAUAUCCAGUGCACACAAUUACCAGGCCUACCGUGACACCUUGCGGGUUGCAAUGGCACCAUGCGUUCCAUUUCUUGGUUUGUUUUUGAAAGAUUUGACAUUCAUUGAAGAUGGGAACCCAGCUACGACACCAGAAGGGCUCAUCAAUUUCCACAAAUAUACCAUGCUGGCAUCAACCAUCCAUGAGAUUCAGCGUUUAAAAGAAGCCCCUUACGCUUUACGACCGGUGCCCGAGUUGCAGGAAUAUCUUGCGACUCAGUUGCAAUCGGCUGUCGAUUUACAAGACAUGUGGGAUAAAAGUUGUGAGCUGGAACCUCGAGGCCGGGAUCUUGGAAAUAGACCCCGGGAUUUAUAUACCCCCACAGGAGGCAUGUUCGCGUCUAUGGUAGUCGCCUGCAUGGUCCUGGAUGAUUGA